AUGGAAUACUCUGAAUCUCAAAUUACUUAUAAGCUAAAAAUAAUAAUGUUGGGAGAUUCUUCCGUUGGCAAAACAAGUAUGAGUCAAAUGAUAGAAAAUCCUGACCAAGAAUACAUUUCUGUUGAUUCUACAGUGGGCUUUGAAUAUAUUAGCAAAGUUUACGAAUGUGAUGGGGACUUGGUCCAAGUCCAUCUCUGGGAUACAGCUGGCCAAGACAAGUACGGUUCCUUGUCAGAUCAAUACUUUAAAAGAGCAGCUGGAGCUUUCAUAAUAUUUGAUAUAUCAAGUAAAUAAGUCUUUUGAAAGCUGUAAAGGAUGGCAUUCUCAGCUUAAAGAAGCAGGAGAAAACUCAGUCGAAGUAGUCCUGAUAGGCAACAAAGUUGACCUUGAAGAUGAAAGAGAAGUCACUUUCAAAGAAGCUCAAGAAUUUGCAAAGGAACAUUCUUUCUCUUACAUAGAGACUAGUGUGAUGAUGAACAAAAAUAUCAUGGAAGCAUUUCAACUCUUAAUAAACCGACUCAUUGCUAGUCUGAAGAAAUUAGAGAAAAAUACAAUAAGUAGUUCUAGCCAACAAUAUAUGAGUCCAGGUCCUCAAAGAAGGGAAUACUCUUCGUCGAUUGUUUUGAGGAAGAAGGCAGAACUUCUAGAUUCAAGAAACCGAGGUAUGAAAUCCUCUAACUGAAAGUGUUAGAUCACCUGAGGAGCUCUCAAGUGGAGUCAGUAAUUAGUAUUUUUAUGAUAACUACAACCAUGAUUAU